AUGGAGCGCGCGGCGGUGCUGCGCGUGAAGCGGAAGCGCGGCGGGUCGGAGCCGGCCGAGGCCUUGGUGAUCGCCUGCAAGCGGCAGCGCACCGAGCCGGGCCCCGCGGCCCCCCGCGACCCGGUGGAGAAGAGUCUCUUCAAGCUGGUGACCACCGUGUCCUCGCAGAAUGAGCCUGUUCAGAAGUAUGUACAAGAAGCUAUUACUCGAGAUAAAGCAGCAGAGAUUCUGCGACCCUCUUUAGGAAGCACUCAAAGAAUCAUUCAAGACCUUCGCUCCUCCAAGCAGGUGAAGAGGCAGGAAAACCGGUACCGCAUCAUAACCAGCCACCGGCCAAACUGUGCUGAAAGAGAAACAAUUGCGUUUGACGCAAAUGGCGAGGAGACAAAUGAGGGUGCCAAACUGGACCCUGAAGCAAACAAAGACACUUCACACCAAGAAAGCACUGCAAUUUAUGGAAGUUCAAGUUAUUUGGGGGAAUUCCAGUUGUUUGAUGUAGUACAAGAGGAGGAAGUAGAAAGAGAUCCCAAUAUCGCUGCAGCUCACACACAGAAAACUGAUGAUCCAGAGGCGAUUCUUUGCAAUGCAGUAGAAAUGAUCCGUGAGCGUUUAACUGUGUCUGAGAAUGAUAAAGGAUUAGAACACCAUGGGAAGGAAGAGGAUUAUGUUUAUGAUAUUUACUACAUGGAAACAGCAACUCCUGGCUGGAUCCAGAACAUCCUCUCUGUGCAGCCUUACACAGAGGAAUAUGAACUGGUAGAUGAUGAUCAUAUUUCUGAAGAAAUAUAUGAUGAUGAAGAUGAUGAAAACAAUGAGAAUAACUGGCGUAAUGACUAUCCUGAUGAAGAGGAGUUCCUUCCUGAGGAAGAUGAAGACAGAGAAGGAAAAGAUGGAGAAUCUGAUGGGAGCUUCAGUGAUGAAGAUGGCAGGGGUAUCAGGAGCAGAACAUGGGUCAAAUACCACUCUGAUAUUCUGCAGGAGUUUGAAUAGGAGGUGGUCCAGGAUUUAGAUUCUGAUUAACACUAAAUCUGAAUACUAGCAUACUGCCUGCAUAUUAUUCUUGACAUCCCUGAAAAAGUCCAGAAAAUUACUGCUGCUUUUGAUAGCUCUUUAUGGAAAUGUUAAAGUGAGACUCCAAAGAAUGGAAAAGCAUUUCCUCCUGGUAAAACAAAUAGCUUCCCACUGUUGUACAAAAUAUCACAUUUUAAAAGGAAGCUGUCUUUAUCCAUCUGUUUGAUCUGUAGAAUUGAUACUGUAUUUGAUUAUAUACGUUUCCUAACCUGAGCCACUGGGAAAGUAGAAGUCUGCAAAACUGAACUUUCUGGCAUGAAAUUUGCUUAAAAAAUAAUUUUGUACUUAAAAUCCAGGAAGCAUCUGCAAUUUCAAGUUUGUAGUAUUUAACUCCAUGAGUGAGUGUUAAGUAAAGCAAGUCAUUCAUAAUGUGACUUUUUAUCCAGUAGCAAAUUUGUUUGAGUGAAAGCUUAACUUUCUAAGUUGAGUAUUACAAUUAUGGCAAGUAGAGGGGGAAUCUCGGCUUUAAGAAAGAGCUGCAUUACUAUAAGAGCUGCUUUCUCUGUAUACAUGAAAAUGGUCAAUCUCUAGACAUGUCCUAGGGCUUUUUGGCUAGACAACUUUUCCUUUGUAUCACUGAAACAGAGUAAUGUAAAGCAUUUAUAUACUUGAAUUUGUAAAUAAAAGAUUUUUUUUUACAAUUUUGCUGUAACUAGCCAUUUCUUCAAAAACUUGGCUUCUGCUCCUUAACUGAGCUAAAAGAUUCAAAAUGCUGAAAUGUAAGCCUUCUGCAGUGAGUAGCUCUAUUGGGGAUAUCAACUUCUAUACAGAGCGACAGUCUUUGUAUAAAUCAAUCUCUGACUGUAAGCCUCAGCUGAUUAGUAUACACCUGCUUUCAUCUGAACUCGGAAUGGCAGAUCUGAGCAGUACAGUGUUUAUUUUGUAAAGAAAAGUGGGUUGGGAAACCCAUCUCUUGAAUAUAUAAAGGUGUUAUAGAACAUUAGCAGUAUAAUACAAUACUAUCACGAGGGACUCGGUUUAAUUAGUUUAAGUUACUUUAGUUUGCCAUCAUCACAGCUGUGGUUCUAUUUUUGUUUUUUUAACAUUAUACUUACUUUCCUAAGCUAUUGGACAGACUAUUUUGGGGUAACUGUUCUGGUAGCUGGUGCCUAUAUUGCAGUAGCCCUUUCCCUUCCUGCCUGGUUUAAGGGAAUUUAUAUAAAACUCAAUGUCUCAGGGUUGUUAUGGCCUUCUCAUAUCAGCCAUUCCCAUUGCUGCAGCCUCCACCUUCUAGAUUUUAAUGGUAAAGUGCUAAUAGGGCAGAAUUAAUUGUCAGUGCACCCAAAAAUGGUACUUGAAAUCAAGGAAGCAGCAAAUACAGUUUUGUGGCUAUUUCCCUUACACUCACUACUGUCCUAUUAGUUACUAAUGCAUCGACAGCACAGCAACUUUUAGAGACAAAGUGAGUGAUCUUUUAUGGGACCAACUGUUGGUGAGACAACCUUUUGAGCUUACACAGCUCUUCAGAUGUGUGUAAACACAACCUUCUCUCAAACAGAAGUUGGUCCCGUAAAAGAUAUCUCACCCACCUUGUCUCUAAUAUCCUGGAACUGACAUGGAUACAACACUGCAUACAAACCUACUUCUGUCAAUAUCAAACUAAAAUUCAGGUUUUUGUGGUGUACAACUCUCUAAGAUUGGCCACAAACAUCAACUUGCAUUCUCUGCUAGAGCUCUAGUGAAGUUACACUAAAGCAAUGUCAGGGACUGAAUUGGAGACAAAAAGUAGAGUUCAAUAAAUCACUCUGAGAAAUUGCGACUUGUGUGAGAUUAAUGUCUUUAAUCUAAGAAUGUUGAAUUAUUUAUUGAAGACAUUAAUCUCACUCACACAAGUCGCAAUUUCUUUGAGUGAUUUAUUGAACUCUAUUCUUUGUCCCCUGAUUCAGUCCCUGGCAUUCUACAGUCAAGAGUAGCAACAGCAUGCAUGUCAGUGGUCUAGCAAUGUUUACUAAGCCAAAUAUAUUGCAAGUGCCAGCUAUGAUUUUUUGGGAGAGCUGACUUGGGGAUUAGCACUAGUGUCACUUUCUAGGCUGUGAAAGUUUGAGAAAUCAUCGUCUAACCUCAGUUUGGAAUUUGGAGGUCAGCAUGGCUUUUGGCCAUUAUCUAAAACUAGGGAAAGGACUUAUUGCCAUUGUAUAUAAGACUUCUGAAAAUGCAACUGUAGUCUAGGAUUAAAUACUAAAGUCUCAACUCAUCUUACAAGUCUGCCUCAAAACUCAUUUUCCUUUCCUAUCUUUGAACACUGCCUGCUGCUAAUUCACUCCUCUUUCCCCCCCCCACUGCCAUCAUCGUUCCUCUGUCGGCAUUUCCAUAGCAUUACGACUUCCCCACCCCUGCAUUUAAGUACAGGAGAGCCUAUGCAGUGGCUAAUAGGACACUGAUUAAUUUAAAUUUAAAAAAUCACUUAAUGAAAAUCAUUGCAUUUAUUAGAAUUUCUAGCUUAUAGCACUGACUGAGGAGCACUUAAUUCCCAUCACUGGAAAGGACUUCAGCAUGGUGGAAUUUGAGACUUUUUUUCAUGUAAAGUUCAAGCCUAUCCUAAGCCCUCAAACUAUGCACAAUGUUCUUAAUAAAACAGUGUGUUAGAGACCUUGAA